CAGCUAACCAACUUUUCCACUCUUUAACAGAUCUUAACCAUUCUUAACACUUUACCGUAAGAAACGUAGUGUAAUUGUGAGAGUAUAAAACUGAAACAAUGACGAAAAAGCAGCACGUCAAUAGAUCCCAGUCCAGAGCUCUCAGCAAACAGGACGAACUGCUACAAAUACAAACCCAAUACUUUCUCAAAUUAGACGAAACUAAGUUGUCGAUUAGUCAGAGGGUUAAGAGGUUUAUUUGGAACCCGGACAACAAGCAGUUUUGUGGAAGGACAGGCGCUAGUUGGUCUAAAAUUGGUCUGUUCUACCUAAUUUUCUAUGGUAUGCUAGCGGCCUUAGUAGCGAUAUGCAUGUGGGUGUUCUUUCAAACCUUAGAUCCUCGCAUACCCAAAUGGCAGCUGGACAGGUCCAUCAUAGGAACGAACCCAGGACUAGGGUUCAGACCGAUGCCGACCAACAAUGAAGAAAGUACCUUAAUUUGGUUCCAGGGAACAAACCAGAACAAUUCUGAAAUUUGGGAGCAUAAUAUUUUGCAAUUUUUAGACAGUGAGUAUUGUUUUGGCCCAAAAGUUAUUCAAGAAAUUGACGCAGUUGACUGUAUUUGUGUUGUACCUUUGUGCAUGUUAUAA